AAAAUUAUUCCGUUCCAGGAGGCAGCCCGACAGCACUUUAGCGGAAAUUUCGGAUAAACCAGAAGUAUUUGAUGAGCUUCGCGAUAUCCCGGUUUACGUACUGAGCAGCAGCACUGCUGAGACCGAUGCUACAUCGGAUCGUGAGAAAUUGCCAAAAAGUGAGAGCGAACGAAUGAGCUAUCUGCAAAAAUGCCGAAUACAGCUGCAGAUUGAAUUCAAUGAUAUUGUUGUGUGCCGAACGCUGUUCCGACCGCUCGACAACCAAUUUGAGGCGCACUUCGCGCAAAUUUAUAAUUUACAGGUGCAAGAAAUUCCACGAUCAGUAACAGUUACGAUUUUUGAGAAGGCGCCAAAAACGGAGGCUCGCAAAAUUGCGGUUGUUGGAUUGCCACUACCGGAUGAAGAUAAUCCAGUCGAUGCGUCCGGCAAACUGGUCGCAGUGGAGUUUGCGAGCGAUUUGGUCAUCAACGGUGUGCAUUCAAGUCUCGGAUGUGGCGGCGAUAAGCGGUGCAUGUCUGGUGAACUCUACUGCAGUGUAUCCUGUGCGAAACAGGGCUUCUCGGAAGUUAACGCUCCACAGCAGCGUGUAAAACGUGCGUUCCAGCGUAAUCAGCAGGAAAGUAAUGGCAAAUCCAGCAAUUUCGAAUUGAUACCACGAGCACUGCGACUGUGCUCAGAUGAAGCAUUCGAAAAUGAUAUUAGGUGA